CAAGAAUUAGGAAAUCAAGCAAAAUAAGGUUCGAUAAUAUGAAUCAUCAAUCAAAUGAGAAUAUGUGAUUUUGGUAUCAUAAGAUUGAAUUUUUUUUUGUGGUGAUUAUAACUUAAAAUUUUAAGCUUAUCAGAAUAUUAAAUACUGAUUAAAUGAAACAAAAGAGAGUUAUUAAAGUGGAUAAUGAAAGAAUCAAUAAAUUAUCAAUAAAGGAAACCAGUGUUAACUUAGAUUGGCUGCUGAAGUCACCAAAUAUAAAUGAAAUAUAAUCAACCUUGCAAUUUAUAUCACUUAUCGAUUUGCGUAUCGAAAUAGAUAAUUUUGAUAUAUAAGGUGUGUGUCAUACUGUUUAUAACAAUUAGAUUGAAUUGAAAUUUAUUUCUGUAGCAAACGAUCUAUUAUGUUUUUAAGAAGGAAAAUGUGUAGUUUUGAGUGACUGUGUUAUCUAAAAGAGAAAAUUCCAUAGUAAUCAUAAUUAACUAUUUUUGAUUUCUUUAUAAAAUCAGUUAGGAAGACUUAUAUUAAUAUUCUAACAUCCAAUAUCAUAGAAAGAAUGGUAUAAGGUUUUAAAAUUAUCAGCCAUAUAAAUUGAUUUUCUUAAAAAAUACAGAAUAUUAGAGAAUAUAUGUUUAAACUUUUAUUACAUUUCACACAAAAAAAAGAAGAAAAAAUAUGCAGCUCAAAUAAUCAAUAGAAAAACUUCAAACUCUAUGAUUAAUAAGAAGUCAUAAAUAAUUAUAUAAAAAUUUUAAGAAAUAAUAAUAUCUAGAAUAUUUUUCCUAUUAUUAGUAUUUUUGAUGAAAAUGAUAUUCUAUAUCUAGUCACUGAAUAAUUUGUAGGUAGCACUUUUGAAUAAUUAUUAUCAAGUCAGAAUACCUAAAUUACUCAAUCUGAUUUAGCUUUUAUAAUUUUUUCUGUUCUUUAGAAUUUGA